GUGUCCCCCGUCCUGCCACCACCCCAGCAGAGAGACCCAUCGCUGCCACCCUGGUCCCUGCCCWCCCUGUCGCCAGGCCUGUCUCCUGGCCCUGCCACGAUGCCAACACCCCUGUCCCCAACCKUGCCACGACCAGGUUAUGGUGAAGACCAGCGACAGGGGACGGGGGAGCAAAGAGACAGGGGCAAAGGAGACGAGGGAGCAAAGGAGACAGAGGGGAGCAAAGGAGACGAGGGAGCAAAAGGAGGACAGGAACGAAGGGGACAAAGAGACGAGGGGAGCAAAAAGGAGACGAGGAGCAAGAGACAGACGCGGAGCAAAGGAGACGAGGAGAGACGAGGGAGGAGACGAGGUAGCAAAGGAGACGAAGGGAGCAAAGGAGACGAAGGGGAGCAAAGGAGACGAUAGAGGGACAAAGGAGCGAUGGGAGCAAAGGAACGAGGGAGAAGACGAGGGGGAGCAAAGGAGACGAGGGGGAAGCAAGGAGACGGGAGAAGACGAGGGAGCAAAGAGACCGAGGGGAGCAAAGGGAGACGAGGGGAGAAAGGAGACGAGGGCGAGAAGGAACGGAGGGGAGCAAAGGAGACGAGGGGAGCAAAGGGACGAGAGGAGACGAGGGGAGCAAAGAGACGAGGGGAGCAAAGGAGAACGAGGGGAGCAAAGGAACGAGGGGGAGAAAAGGAGGACGAGCGGAGGCCAAAGGAACGAGGGAGCAAAAGGAGACGAGGGCCAGCAAAGGAGACGAGGGGGAGCAAAGGAGACGAGGGGGAGCCAAAGGAGGACGAGGGGAGCAAGAGACAGGGGGAGGCAAAGGAGACGAGGGAGCAAAGGAGACGAGGGGGAGCCUAAAGGAGACGAGGGAGCAAAGGAGACGAGGGGGAGCAAAGGAGACGAGGAAGCAAAGGAGACGAGGGGGAGCAAAGGGAACGAGGGGGAGCAAAGAGCGAGGGGAGACGAGGGAGUCAAAGGAGACAGGGGAGCAAAGGAGACGAGGGGGAGCAAAGGAGACCGAGGGGGAGCAAAGAAGACGAGGGGGAGCAAAGGAGACGAGAGAACAGGAAGCAAAAGGAGACGCAGGGAGCAAAGGAGACGAGGGGAAGCAAAGGAGACGAGGAGCCCAAAGAACGGAGGAGCAAAAACAGAGAAGACGAGGGAGCCAAAGAGACGAGGGGACAAAAGACGAGGAAGACGAGGAGCAAAGAGACGAGGGGAGCAAAGAGACAGGGGAGCAAAAACCGAGGGAGCAAAGGAGACGAGGGGAGCAAAGGAGACGAAGGGAGCAAAGGAGACGAGGAGGAGACGAGGGAGCAAAGGAGACGAGGGGAGCAAAGAGCGAGGGGAGCAAAGGAGACGAGGGGGAGAAAAGGAGACGAGGGGAGCAAAGGAAGCACGAGCGGAGCCCAAAGAGACAGGGGAAAAGGAAGACGAGGGGGAGGAAAGGAGACGAGGGCGAGCAAAGAGACGAGAGAACCGAGGGGGCAAAGGAGGGAAGGGGAGCAAAGGAGACGAGGAAGCAAAGGAGACGAGGAGGAGGUGA